AUGGUUACGAAUGCCAGUUGUUCGGAGAAGACGGCGAGUUGUCAGUCUAGCGUGGCAAGGCAGAAUAUGGCUGUGGUGAAGGAAGACGACACGCGUUGCGAAUUUGACGCGUCCCACCUUCAAGCGUCGGGAGACUCCGAAUCGUGGCGAGAGAUGAGCCCAGAUCCAGCGGAACCUUCUCCUGCUGGUCCUCGGCUCGGGGGUACGAGGUGCACUGUGCCGCUUCAUCCGGCGGCGACUGAGAGGGAGCUUUCCCUUGAGAAAAGCUGCAUCGGCGUUUUCGGCAUGUGGGGAGAGAGCACAACAAUGUCGGCAGGGGGUUGCAAUGUUGCAGCAAGCGAGCUUCCCGUUAUGACCACGAGGGACGUACACACGGCGGAGGUCGUUUCAGCGGAUGCGGCGGCCUCGGCGACCGGCCGGAGUACAGACCAGAUUCGUGCACUCAUCGCAAAGGUGCCGAGUGGAAGCGCAGCCGAAGAUGCAACAGCUGAUUUGGCGACCGACUCGUGGGCAGUGCGGUCGGCUGCCGCUGAAGCGUGCAGCGCAGCGCGAGCAGAGGCGGAGGAGACGACUCGGCCAGCAGAAACAGUGCCGGAUCCCUCUGUAGGUGUUCAGUUGCCUGGAGGACCUGGGCAGUCCUCCUGUCGGGGCAAGAACGGAGAGGAGCGCGUGCCGGCGGCGGCGGGCGGUUCUGCCUUGCAAACCGGUUCGGGCCUGCAGGAUGGAGGCGUUGAACUAUCCUCAGAUGGAGGGAAAGUUGAGAGGGAGGGCGCGGUAAAAGGUGCCGGCAGAGACGUUCGAGAGCAGGAGCCCGUGUGUCGUCUGAGGUGGUGCUUCUACAAUGUAGAAGCGCUGCUCAAGAGACUCUCCAGCCUCGAGAGUGUGGUCUCACCUCCAUUUCACACGGGCUGUGCGGAGGGGCCUGUGUAUAUCCGGCUCGACCCAAUCCACCCCGCGCCCGAAGAAACGGCUGAGCGGAACGCGGGUCGGUCCCUGCGUGGUGAAACUUGCCCAGCUGGACAGGCGUCGACGUCCCCUUCAGCCACCGCACCUUCGUCUAACGGGAGCGAAGGGUUUCCUCCGAUUGUACCGAGGAAGGGCGGAGGCAAGGGCGCAAACCAGCGAUUCACGGAUCGCUCGUUGGGAGAGCAGAAAACGAUGUUCGAUUGGGACUCUUGCCGGUUCGGUGUUUUCGUUGCAUGUUGCGCGUACUCCACCCUAGAAUUUUCUGUCCAGAUCGUUGAUCCGAGCGUGUGCAAGGAUGUACUGAUCAAUAGAGACGAUCCCAACGCGCGUGUGGGUGACGACGCUUGUCCUUCGUCACCCGAGCAACGGAACUGUGAAGAUGUCGAAGAGGAAGUCGUGCAGGAUCAGUGCGGCCGUGAUGGAAGUGGUCCUGCGAAGAAAGGAAGCAGGGAUCCUUGCCGCGUGCUUGCCGAUUCGGGACGCCUUAUGUACAGUUCCCGAGACCAGAAGGCACUCUGGCAUGGAAUCCCUGACUUCGCGUCUCUUUCCUCCGCGGCCGACCGCAGUGCAAAUCUUCUGAUUGUUGACGUUGUCAUUCACAGCGCCACCCCUGAGUCGCCACCUGCGGAAAUUGUUGACGUCAACUUGCCCGAGGAUCUCGGAAAGAAACGAGAGGCCGGCGCAUCUGCCAGCAGGGACGCCACGGGGGGCACAUGUGAUUCUGAGGCAACUGCUGAAGUUGGUGCUGAGGGUAGCACGGCUCUCUCAGAUUCGAGAAUAGAGCCCGCGCAGUCAGAUCUCGGCUGUGGGAGUCUCGAAGAGAAAACGCGCGACAGACGGUCUACAUCCUCGUCUGAACCCUCCGAGUCGCUUUCAACGGCAGGACUUGAAAGUCUCGGGCCUGUCCCGAAUCCCCCAGCAGCUGGGCCUCCAGGGAUGGGAGACAAGAGGAGGCCUGGAGCGACUCAACCCUGCGUAGGUUCGUCGCGCGGCGGUGGGGGAAAUCCUCUAAAAAAGCGCUCACGCGGUGCAACUCGUCCACCCGCAGCCGGAGAGGACGUCACGCCUCUUGACCCUCUCUCGUCCAGCGCAAGGUGCCGAACGCAAAACUCUACUCGACGGCCUAUGGAAGAUGCGGCAAAGACUGCAGGAGGAGGCUGCCCAGGGAAGGAAGUAGAUACUUUGCCGAGUACCGCCUUGCGUGUGGAAGACGACCGUGUCAGAGGGAGCUGCGACGAAGUGCUUGAGGAAUAUCUCCAAAAUGUCGGUGCCAAAGGCCGCUCCGGCGGGACUCGUCGCGUGAAGGGAAUGCCAGAUUUGAGGGGGGUGUUGCCAGGCGCUGGGGAUAUACUACGAUACCGUGGCGGCGCUGAUUCAGCGCCGGGAAAACACGGGACGAUUGGGGUGUUCCAGCCCCCGCGCUCGCAGGUGGGGACGGGUUCAAUGCGGUACGCGGCUGUGCGGGGGACUGCAGCCUGGGAUGUGGGACUGCCGGUCUCUGCAGACCACGUAGACCACAGACUCGCGCUGGAGUCUCUGAUUCCAGUGGGUGAUGGCGAUGAGACAGGUAUUCGGAGAAGGGGCGGUAAGGGACAGCGGAGGCCCUAUGGGGCACGAGGUGGCGAGUUUGUACAGUACGGGCAGAUGCUAGGCGUAGGAGCAGGAAGCGUUUCAGGAUGCGGGGCCUCGUCAGCAAGAAAGAGGCGCGAGAAGCAGCGUCAGCACCGCCGUCGGAGGGGAAGCAGCGACAGUGCGAAAGGCGACGCAACAGGGUGUGGAUCUGCUGCUUGGCACCCCUCCGGAAAAUUAGACAGACCACCAGAUGCCGAGCGAAUAGGUGCUGCCAUCGAAACGAUCAUCCAGGCUCGGUCUGCUGCUGACUCAGGUGCAACGGACUGUAGACUUCCGCUUCGAGGUGAAGCCCAGGGUCACUCUGUUCUGCCGGGAAUCUGGACGAGAGAACAGAGGGGACCUCACGGUGGAAGAGAUGUUGCAACUGGCCUAGGCGGUGCGAAUUCGCGCCCUCCUGGUCUUCGUUGUCCGAGUGGAGGCAGGACCAUGUCCCACUCCGUCAACUCACUAGACCCAAGUGGCCUCACACUGUUGCGUCAUGAAACGACAGGCCGCCGCCCUGAUGAAUCCACUUCGCCGUACGUGAAGUCGAGAUCGGAUAUGUGUGGCUACAGUCCCCCCUGCGCGGGCGAUGAAAGCCACUGGAAGGCUGAUCCAAGUAGAGGCGGCGAAGACGCUUUGCUCGCUCUGAACAUGCUGCUGUCCCUGGCAGGCGGUGACCGCGGUGAGGGCCUCCGUCAGUCCCUCAUGACUGCCGGCUCAUACUGCGCCGCUGUGUUCCAAGAGAAUACCGUUGCCUCGGGCGUCGUUCAGGGCAGCAACCCCGGACAACGCCCAGCGAGGAAUCGUCCAUUUGCAGAGGCCCCUGGAUCAGCGGUAGGAGCUGCGGCGGGAGGGGUGCGUCUACCUGGAGAGAACUCCUACGGCCAUCUUGAUAUGGGAAGAGACUUCCAGGAUCCGGAGAGAGGACUCGGCCCUCACGGAAGAGCAUUCCCCGUUGCUUCGGCUCCGGCUCUGCCGCAAGCACCGCGCUCAGGGUUAGAGGUCCGGAGAGCGGGCGAGAGUGCCAACGUCCCGAGCUCUGUGUCCAUGCAGUCCGAGAGUUUGAGUGCCUCGUUGAGGGAUGAGCCAAUCCAGCCUCAAGUCCUUGUCCAGUACGCGAGAGCGCUGCAGGCCGCUGCUGGAGCUUCCUCUCUGGCGCAGCAAAGCCGGAGCGGGGGAGCUAGCGACAUUGCUGGAGGGGCAGUAUUCCAGCCGGAUCGUCUGUCUGCUGUUGAUGCCUCAUGGGGCUUAGGGCAAGACGCUAUGGCUGGUCGCCAGAGACGUGGCGAGCGUAUCCAGGGUCAAGAAGCACUCGGGACAACGUACUCUCCGGGAGGAGACUCUGUUGCUGCUCAGAGAGAAAAUCCCUUUUAUUCGUCUCGGUUGGCAGCUUUGGACGAAGCAGACAGGGAAGCUGCUAGUCGAGGGCUGGCUCGAGCCCUUCUCGGUGACUGUGCGAUCCCGGAUGCCACCUUAGGCGUUCGUUUAAGAAACGCGAACGAAGUCACAACCUCUUCUUCCCCCCCAUCGUUGGCGCCCGUCCAAAGCACACAAUUCCCCUGGCAGGGAGGUGCUACCGACGCGCAACCGCCGCAGCAGGGGCGUUCGGCACCGUCGCGUCUCACUGAAGGAGACGGUCCCGGGUCGGCGGGAGCGAAUGUCUCGUCAUUGGCAGCAGCUGCUGCUGUUGAUCUGGGACUGGGGUCUCGCGGUGUUGAAGGACCUCUGGCUGCGCCGUCGUUGAGUGGUCUGGGAGCUGUUGCGCGUCUGCAUAACCGCGACGGCCUCUCCUUCGACGGAGGUGUGUUUUCCGGUAUCUUCCCUCAAGUGACUGAGGAUCGUGGUGAAGCUCUGCUGAGGGCUUCGCGCAUGCUAGACCAGCAGCUAUUUGACCACGAUGGGCAGGCAGUGCAACACGCGUACGAGCAGCAGAUGCACCCGCUAGAUGGCAUUGGAGAACGGUACACCCGUAACGCACGACCGCCUUACGAGGCGUCCAGAUCCUCGUGUGGGCACUGCUGUUCGCCAGUCCCACACGCCAGUCAGAAAAGGAAGCCACCGGAAGAAGAGGUGACGCGGGAUUACGCUUUACGGUACGUAGCUGAAAAUAUUGGGCGCCUACGAAGAGAUGCUGCAGAGCGGGAGUCACUGGCAGGAAGGCAUUGCUCUGCGGUCCGAGGCCGCUCUGUAACUCUCGCGGCGCGUCCCAGAACUUUGCCGCCCUCAGGGCUGGCUGAGGACAGUCCUGCAGGCGGACCUUGUUCUCUUCGAGAGGAAUCAGCCAGAGAGCAAUGA